AUGCAAGCCUCUCCACCACAAGCUACCCCAUCUCAUGCUCGCACGUCCUCCACCGGAUCUCAAAACAGCUCUUCUUUGAGUACCGAAACCCCACCCAUUUCUGCACCUCUGGUUGGCGGCGACACAACCGCACAUCCGAGUCUUCCCCGCUUGCGCGAAGCGAUUGGGCCAGAGGGUCUUGAAAUCAGGGAGCACCCUUGUUCCAUCUUUACAGAGUUUCCCUAUGGCAAAGACAUAUGGGAUGUUGUUCGACCGGUAACAUAUGUCGUCCCUCAGAUUGUUUUCCGUUCAGUGAAGCCAGAGCAGGUGUUUGACCUUGUUCUUGCCCACCUCAGCCAGCUGCAGGCUGAGGAGAACCUUCGAUGGCUUCCACUCGAUGCCGCUCCCGCCGAUGAACUCGACACGCAGGAAGAGCUUAUAAAAUCAAUUAUAGCCAGAGCUGAGGCCGAGCUUCGCAUAUUGAAGCCUCUACACGUCGGUCACGAACAAAUUACGUUGGGAAAGUGUCAAGAUGGCACUGAGAUUGCGCUGUGGCCAGAGAAGGAAAAGUCUCUCGUGGAAAGUUUCCGAGAUCCAGAAACCAACAAUCAGGUGUUCUUCAUUGACACCUCUUGGGCCUUGUGCUCCAGGUCUGCUGGACGCGCCGUCGACGUUGAAGAGGACCGCCUCGUCCUCCGACAUUGGCGACCCGUGUCUCAUCCGUUCCCAAACGCCUACGCGCACCCCCUGCCCAAAUUCAGCUACUCGCAACAAACAGGGGAGAUAACGGUCCACUUUACGUGUGACCCUACGUACCCGCCCCCAGACGCGCCUGUCUCCAACGCAUGGAAAUCAAAGACGUACUUACUCACCUCGAUCCCGAUGCGCAAGCCACGGACCUUGAUCGACGACGCAUCCGAGUUUUUGGCUUCUACAAUACUCACGCCCAUUUCGUGGGGCCGUGCAGCGCCGCAGGCUACGCCCGAGGAGGUGUUCAAUGGGGGUAUUGAUUUGAAUGAGGACGACGUUGUGGAAGAGGAGAGGGUGGAAGAGGGGGAUGUGGAUGAUUCUCCUGAGGCUGGGCGGAAGGUGCGUGUUAUUGGGGUUGUGGGUAGAGUGGUGAAUGAGAAGGCGAGGAAUCGGAGACGGUGGGUUGUCACGCCUUUGAGGACCGUGAACGCCAAGACGGGGAGUUCUUAA